UGCUUCUUGCCUGUUGCCCAGCUGGUCCAAGGCCCAACCGAUCCGCCGCCUCGACGCUCCUGCCGCACCGCCCAGCCAGCUUGCCAGCCGGCAUCGCCUCGUCCUCCCCGUCCUGCUCUAUACCAACCCAUACUGCGUUUGCCAGCACCAAGCCUCUAGCCGAGUCGCUUGCGUGGUGCCGUUCCAACCACUUUGCCUUUCCCUGUCUUGAUAUCUCGUCAACAUGUCGAUGCGUGGCUUGACGGUGUUCAUCUCGGACCUUCGCAACUGCCGAGCCCGCGAGCUGGAAGAGAAGAGAGUCAACAAAGAGCUUGCCAAUAUCCGCUCAAAGUUCAAAGAUCCGAACCUGAACGGAUACCAGAAGAAGAAGUAUGUCUGCAAGCUCCUGUAUAUGUAUAUCCUCGGCUGGGACAUCGACUUUGGCCACAUGGAGGCCAUCAACUUGCUGUCCUCGCAAAAGUUCACCGAGAAGCAGAUUGGCUAUCUGGCCAUCACGCUAAUGCUCAGCGAAAAUAACGAGCUGAUCCGUCUCGUCGUGAACUCCAUGAAGCGAGACCUUGACGAUCCCGAUGAACUCUUCAGCUGCCUUGCCAUCCACGCAAUCGCCAAUAUCGGUGCCAAGGAAAUGGCCGAAACCCUCGUUCACGACAUUUAUCGCCUUUUGACCAAGAGCCCCUCUCGCUUUGUCAAGAAGAAGGCCUCGCUCUGUCUCUUGCGUCUGUACAGAAAGCAUCCCGAGGUUAUUCCUGCUGCAGACUGGGCACCGCGUCUGAUAGCCAUGAUGGACGAUCCCGAUAUGGGCGUGUCUCUGUGCGUGACAACCUUUGUGCUGGUCCUCGUUCAAAACUUCCCGGGACCCUACUAUGAAGCCGCCGGCAAGGCCAUCCGAAAGCUCUACAAGAUCGUUCACGACAAAGAGUACACAACCGAUUACGUAUAUUACAAGGUGCCCGUGCCCUGGAUUCAGGUCAAGCUUCUGCGACUUUUGCAGUACUAUCCUCCUCCAAACGAUAGCGGACUCAGCAGCCUGAUCAAUACGGUGCUCCAGACCAUCAUCAAGAAUGCACACGAGAUUCCCAAAAACGUGCAGCAUAACAAUGCCCAGAACGCCAUUUUCUUUGAGGCUGUGGGGCUGGCCAUCCAUAUCGACAGCGAAUCGGAUCUGAUUGCCCAGGCCACACGUCUGCUCGGCAAGUUCAUCUCCUCCAAGGAAACAAACGUUCGCUACCUUGGCUUGGAGACCAUGGCACACAUUGCUACGGUGUCACGAUCGCUCGAAACCAUCCAGCAGCACCAGGAAACGAUCAUCGAGUCUCUCAAGGACAAAGACAUCAGUGUCCGUCGUCGUGCUCUCGACCUGCUCUAUUGCAUGUGCGACGGCAACAACUCCCGCACGAUCGUCUCGGAGCUUCUGCAGUAUCUCCCGAUCGCCGACUUUGCCAUCCGCGAAGAGAUUGUGCUGAAGAUUGCGAUUUUGACCGAGAAGUUCACUGUCGAGCCAUCGUGGUACUUGGACGUUGUGCUGCAGCUUAUUACCAUCGCCGGCGACCACGUCAGCGAGGAUAUCUGGUACAGAGUCGUCCAGAUCGUCACCAACAACGAGAACCUGCAGGAAUAUGCCGCCACGACGGUCCUGACGGCUCUGCGGUCCCCCACCUGCCACGAAACGGCGCUCAAGGUGGGCGGAUACAUCCUCGGCGAGUGUGGCUAUCUCAUUGCCAACAAGCCCGGAUGCGCCCCGAUGGACCAGUUUUCGAUCCUGCACUCCAAGUUUGGCAUGUGCUCGGCCAGCACCCGCGCGCUGCUGAUGACAACCUAUCUCAAGUUUGUCAAUCUGUUCCCCGAGAUCAAGGACGAGAUCAUGCGGGUCUUCCAGCAGUACCGCUAUGUUCUGGACGUUGAACUUCAGCAGAGAGCCUGCGAGUACUUCAACAUUGUGUCUCUCCCCACCGAGGACAUUCUUCAGGCUGUUUGCGACGAGAUGCCGCCAUUCCCGGAGCGCGAGUCGGCGCUGGUCCUCAAGCUGAACAAGAAGAUUGCUGAGACGGAGGAGAAGCGCCCCUGGCAAAUGGGAAUUCUGGCCAAUCAGGAGAAGAAGGAGGACCGGCGUCGAUCGCUUGUGCGCAUGAACGAAGAGGUCUCAAAUGCUGCUACCGCGACGCAGGCAUCGGCAGUAAACUACAAUGGACCCGACGAUCUGCUUGGUCUGGAGGUUGUUUCGCAGCCCUCAGCGCAGCAGCAGCAGCAGCAACCCGGCUCCUUUCAGGACGACCCUCUUGCCAAAUACGAGCAGAACCUCCAGACCCUGAUCAUCGAGUCGAAUGGCAUCCUGUUCGAAAACAGUGUCAUCCAGAUCGGCAUCAAGUCGGAGUACCAGAGCCAGUUGGGCCGCAUUGCCGUGUACUAUGGCAACAAGAGCGCCGGGGUCAUCAGCAACCUGAGCACGUCCGUCGAAGCCCCACCCGGCCUCAAGAUCACCCUGACCCAGCCGAUUCCUGGAACGAUCCCACCCGCAAACCAGUUCAACCAGGUCUAUAACCUGGAGUGCUUGAACUCAUUCGAUAGCCUGCCCGGGCUCACGGUCUCGUUCAUGUUUGGCCCCACCAACGUCACGCUCCCGCUGCAGCUGCCGAUUGCCCUCACCAAGUUCCUGUCGCCGGUUGAGCUCAAUUCGGUCGACUUUUUCGCGCGCUGGCGGCAGAUUGGCGGGGCACCACGCGAGACGCAGUCGAUCUUCAAGGCACGAAGCCCCAUCGAUCCCAAGACGACCAAGAGAAUCCUCGCGGGGCUGAAGCUCGAUCACAUCGAAGGCAUCGACCCCAACCCGCUGAACACAGUGAGUGGCGCGGUCUUCAACUCGAUCGAGAUCGGCAAGGUGGGCUGCCUGAUGCGCGUGGAGCCCAACAUGGAGCAGCAGCUGUUCCGGUUGACGAUCCGCGCAACCAACGAGAACGUGUCCCAGCAUCUCCAGAAGCUCGUCGAAACCGCCCUCGCCAGCGCAUAGAGUCAUUCCGGACAGAGAAUGGGACAACGCCCCUUUUCUCUGGCAUCAGAGACCUGAAGUCUGCUGUGCUUCCGGAGACUGGCAGACAGGCCGUACGAUUGUCUCCGGCCCUGGUUGACCAUCGCUUUGUUUUCGUUGGGUGCGGUGUGGUCUUGAAUACAUCCUGGUCGAUCUCCCGUGGCGACGAUCGA